GCGGCGGCGAGACAAGGAGCAGCGAGCACAGCGGACCGAUACAUUGCAAUUUCUCGUUAUGGAGCAAAGAACAAAACUGGAAGUGGAAACAUGCAUUAAAGUGAUGGAAGAGUUGAUAGCAGAAUUGCAACAAUUUCUGGAACUUCUGGACCAUGAAUACCUGACUUCAUCUGCCCGACAGAAAAAGACUGCAGUCUAUCACAUUCUGCAGAGGAUCAAGUCAAUAUCUGAUUGUCAAAUGCAAAAUUCCACACAGAAGCACAAUUUACUAUGCAGUGUACCUGCUCCUCCUCAGAUUCCUCUCCCUGAGAUACCUCAUCCAUGGCAGCCAUUAGAGAACAGUCCACCACCACUGCCAACGUCUUCUUUGCCUGAAGGGUAUUAUGAAGAAGCAGUGCCACUGAGUCCAGGAAAAGCCCCAGAAUACAUCACUUCUCGAGACUAUGAUUCAGAUGCCAUGAGCAGCUCCUAUGAAUCAUACGAUGAAGACGACGAAGAUGGGAAGGGAAAGAAACUGAGGCAUCAGUGGCCAUCUGAGGAGGCCUCAAUGGACUUGGUGAAAGAUGCCAAGAUCUGUGCUUUUCUUCUGCGCAAGAAACGUUUUGGACAGUGGACAAAACAAUUCUGUGUGAUUAAAGACAACAAGUUGUUGUGCUACAAAAGUUCAAAAGACCAUCAGCCUCAGAUGGAGUUACUGCUGACAGUCCACAACGUAUCCUAUGUUCCAAAAGACAGCAAAAGGAAAAAACAUGAACUACGGAUUACCCAGCAAGGAGCAGACAUGUUGGUAUUGGCUGUGCAAAGCAAAGAGCAAGCAGAGGAGUGGCUGAAGGUGAUAAAAGAUGUUGUUGUACUUUGCAACGUAACUACUGAAGCAGAUGGAUCCAUGACCAUUUUUCCUGUAAACAAGGCAGAACUGGAAAAGAAGUUAUCUUCAGAGAGGCCAAAUUCAGAUGGUGAAGGGCACUUGGAGAAUGGGAUUCAUUUUGGAAUAACAGAUGGUAAAGAUCAGGCAGGUAAAGGGAAGAAAAAUGCAAAGGCAGAACCAAAAGGAGCUGUGAGCAAGGUCACAGGAAAGAAAAUUACAAGAAUUAUUGGUCUGGGGAAGAAGAAGCCAUCAACAGACGAACAGACCUCCUCUGCUGAGGAAGACAUCCCAACUUGUGGCCACCUGAAUGUACUGUCAAAUAAUCGUUGGAGGGAGCGGUGGUGCAGAGUGAAAGAUAACAAGCUGAUCCUUCACAAAGAUAGAACUGACCUGAAAAUUCACAUGGCUUCCAUCCCACUGCGUGGAUGUGAAAUCAUUCCAGGCUUGGAUUCCAAACAUCCGCUGGCAUUCCGCCUGCUCAGGAACGGGCAGGAAGUUGCAGUAUUGGAGACCUCCUCUGGAGAGGAACUGGGAAGGUGGCUUGGCAUUUUACUAUCUGAAACUGGUUCUUCCACAGAUCCAUCAGCCCUACAUUAUGAUUACAUUGAUGUAGAAACAACAUCUAGUGUUAUACAGACUGCAAAACAAUGCUUCAAUUUAUUACAUAGACGCUCAAUAUCACCUAACAGAUAUGGUGGCAACAUCACUAAUGGAUACGCAUGUCCACGUGGAAUCUCCCUUCAUUAUGAUGAUGUACCUUGCCUAAAUGGAACAGAACAGGAAGUUUUCAGCAGUAAUACUGAUACCCUCUGGUAUGAGGAGGUUUCCAGUGACACCACUGACCUGUAUGACAACGUCCCACCACCAAAACCAAUUGCUCGCAAAUCACAGCCGAUUGGGGUCCAGAAUAAACUUUCCACUGAGAAACUCUCCUCUAAAAAUAACAAAACUCUUGUCUCUUCACCUCUGUCUUCCACGCGGUCUAUGACUAAUAAAACUAACACCUCUACUGCGGAAAAAGGAACAGUCAAGACAGCCUCGCAGAUAAAAGGAAAGAAAAUGCCAACAGUUGUAAAUGGUACAACAUCGAAACCAAAGGCCGUAAACAGCCAGGUGAAGAAACCAAACCCUAGCACAAGUGUUAAACGCACUGCAUCAAAUGCUGAUCAAUAUAAAUAUGGAAAAAAUCGAGUGGAGGCUGAUGCAAAAAGAUUGCAGUCGAAGGAGGAAGAUUUGAAAAAGCAGAAAGAAAUCUUACGCACCCGUCUAGCACAACUGAGAAAAGACAAAAGGGAGCUGAGAACAGCCAUUGAAGCAUGUUCAGGUAAGAAGUCUCAGGUUGCUCUGGAGGCAAACCUAAAGAAACUGGAGGAGGAAUGUAAAGCUAAGGAGGCUGAGCGUGUGAACCUGGAACUGGAGCUGACAGAGGUGAAUGAAAGCUUGAAGAAAGCCCUUGCUGGAGGGCCCACACUAGGACUGACAAUAGAGCCAAAGUCUUCCAGGACGUCUAGCCCACAGUCCCCUAACUUGAUGCAUCGUACCCUCGAUAAUUCUCCGGCUUCCAGCUGUGAUACAAGUGACACUGAACCAUCAGCGUUGCCCGUAAAUGCAGCCGUUCUUGGCAGAAGACCAUCUUCCAUGGUUUCUUCCCCAAGUCGAGGACAUGUACGCAGGAAGGCCAAGGAAUGGGAGUUGAAGACUGGAACAUAAAAAUUAAAAAAGAGAAGAGUUCACAAUUUUUUAUAUUUAUUUCUCUAAACAUAAUGGUCGAGACCAGAAGCACUGUUACUGAGUCCUUUCCUUCAUAAAAAAACUAUGCAGAGUUCAUGGUCUUCACACUACUUGCUGAAAGUUAGCAGACAUUCUAUGUUGAAGUGUAGUUUAUAAUUAUAUUGUGAACAUGGGGUGAUACUUAAAUUGUGUCCAAUGGACUCCUGACCUCAAUUCAUCUUCACCCUUCUCCCAUCUAUUGGCCAUUUGUUUCACUGCAGACGUAAACAUCACACACUUUUCUAUUUCAGCGAUUGGAUUUUAUUGUCCAGAAAUUAUUUUUCAACCUCAACACCACAGUACAAAUGAAAUGCAUAUUUAUUACAAAAGAGGCAUUUUAGAUUGAAAUUUUAAACUAUGAUUGUAUAAGCACAGUGAAUAUUUUGUGUAUGAUCUUCCUCAAAGAAAAGGUUUCAUAGUAAAUCAAUGGAUCCUGUACAGUUUGCAGUUUCCACACAGUUUUGACAAUUAUAAGAAUGCCCGAACAUAAAUGUGGUUAAGUUCUUAUGUCCUUGAUAAUUGUCAGCCACUUCAUUAUACACACCCAUUAUCUGUUCUUAUUUUACACUGCCUAUUGUCUGUUUUAAUUGUAUAGGGCUACAUAACCUAUGUUGUUUGUAUCAUACACACCCUUUAUUGUACAUUUCUUAUCAUCUGCUUGUAUCAUAUACACUCUAUGCUCUGUUUUUAAUCAUUUAAUCGUAUACAUCCCCUUGUCUGUUUUUAUUGUAGACACCUUAUUUAAUGUUGGGAAUAGCAACUGGUGCUCAAGGGGAAAUAAACAGUUUUUUGCAAUACAUUAUAUUCAUUCCUUAAAAAGAAAAUCACACUUAUUGUGCAUACAUUUUGGUUCCCAAAGUUGUUUGUUUAGAUAAUGGUUCCUUUCGGUAUAAUGUGCUGGCAAUUUGUUCUAGCUUGUGUCAUUCCAUGCCUUCCUUAAAGUUACCUAGGUUGGAAACGGCUAUGAUGCACAGGUAAUUUCUGACAUAUAGAAAAGCAAUAUUGAUAAAAAUUUAAACUUUGUUGUAAGAUAGUUCACGUGCUUUUAUAAUUAAAAAUGUAAUUAUGUAUAAUUUAAUUUGAUAUAAGACCAUAUUUAACAUUUAUUUGUCAAAACUCCCAUUUAAUUUCAAUGGUGAAGAAUUAAUUAUAUGAAAAACAAAAAAAUGUGAAUUGCAAAUACUAGUUUUAGACUAGGGUUCAUCUUUUGCAAAAACAUUGUAAUAAUUUGAUGAGCAUUCUUGACUAUCACAUUAUAGUCUUGGUGACUCUGUGGCUGAAUUCCUGAUUUCUUUUUGUCUUACACAGUUCUCUUAGUGGCUUAUUUCAAUAUCAUUUGGUUCUUUGUAUAUUAAUCACGGAAGCAUAAAAUAGUGUAAAAUUUAGUGGGGUCCACAGAGAGAAAUGGUGUUGACUUUUCAAGUCUGUUAAUUUACUGUUUUCAGUGUAGAAGCCCAGUGUCCACAGGGUUUUGUUUAUGCUUAGGAACAUAGUCUUUUUAGUUCUUAUUUGGCCAUGUGAUUUUUUAAUUUUCUCAGACUAAUCAGAAACAAACCUUUUGUGUAAAAUUGCAGUACUCAUGAAGAAACCUAGAAAUUUGUGAAUGAUAUAAGCAUUACCAUAUUGCUUCAAGUCACUUGUUGUAGAAAAUGUGUUGAGAAAAUACUUUAUUACGUGUGUCUUUGAAAUAGUUUCAUAAGAAUAUGGCAGCUGUACAGUAUUUAGUAGCAAGUAUUACAACUUUUUUAGUAAACAUUCCAAAACUAACAAUGUAUAUGUAGUCAAAAAAUGGUUCAUCUAAUUCUUGUGCCUUGCAAUGCCCAUUUUUGUGCCAGUUCAUAGCUCACCUCUUCCAUCAUCAUUUUCAACCCUGAUGCUCAUGUCCCACACUAGUCUCGCCCUCUCUACUGAUCUUUUCCUUCCAUCUGCUCUGUACUGAUGCUUGUGUCCCACUCUAGUUUUGUCCCUUUCUACUUCCUUCUGCUUCUUGCACUUUUGUGAUUUCACUUGAAAGGCAGCUUCCCUUUUAUUGUGACUACUCCAUACAGAAGUGAGUUUGCCUUCUCAUUAACAUCAGAGAAACCAAUAGAAGUUGAUCAAAAAUUGUAUUAGUUUAAGAUCUCACCUGAAAAUAUGUUUCUCUAGGAAAAGGAAGAUUUUGCUUUGCCUUAGCAUAACUUGUAGAAAGGCCACACCAGUUUUCUGGGAUUAAUCAUAGCAAAAACUGCCAACUCUUCAAACUGAAAGUGUCAAGUGCUAGGGAAAUAGCCUCAUAAAAUAUAUUGCACAGAUAUUCAGAGACAUUCCUAACAAUUCCUGAAUAAUUCUUCCAAAUUAUUGAAAGGGAUUCAAUUUGCUUAAUUUUACAAGCAAUCUAUAAUUAAUCCUAAAUAAUGGAAGCACAAAUUUCAUAUCACCGGAUUAGGAGAUAAAGAUAAGCAAAAUAUUUAUACCUUUUUAGAAUGUUACAACUUUUUUUUGCUGCUGCUUGCCAAAUAACAUGGCAUACAACAUUUCUCUGGCUGUCUGGCCGUAAUGUGUAAAAACAACAAAAAUUAUACGCCCAGCUCAUCAACACUUGUGUAAUAUCCAUAUUUCUAAAACACAGGGUAAAUGCAUGCAGGCUUUUUCACUGACAUUGGGUGAGACUAGAACUAAAGGCCAUAGGUUAAUGGUGAAAUGUUUAAUGGGAACAUGAGGGGAUCUUCACUCAGAGUGUGGAACAAACUGGCAGCGAACAUUGUGGAUGUAGAUUUGAUUUCAACAACUAGAACAGAUUUGGAAAGGUACAUGGAUGGGAAGGGUAUGGAGGCCGAAGGUCCGGGUGCAGGUCAAUGGCACUGGGCUGAAUAAUAACAUGGCAUGGUGUAAAUAGGCCGAAGGGCCUGUUUCUGUGCUGUAGUGCUUGUGACUCUAUGACAACAGUUAGGAGUAUUCAUUACAGAAUUCCAUUAUAAUCAUUUGUGCAGAUACCACCGAUGUGAAUUAAACCACUUGAGAGUAUGGUUAGGGACUGGAAAUUUGGAGUAGAAGUGUAUUUGGUAAAGUUUAUCUAGCAAAGCUGUUACUACACUAGAAAAUAAACAUUUUGAUUUCAGUCAUGUUUAAAUUCAGCUGCAAAUUAUUGCCAAUAAGCAUUAAUUACUGCCCAUGAAGGCCAAUAAAAUCAAAGACAAAUUCUUGGGCUAAGAUGCACUGCAAAUAAAAUUUGACCUGGGUGUGAAAAAAUAAGCAUAAUUUCAUGUUUUGUAUGGCUUACUUUUCUGUUGCCGAUUGAGAAAUGGCUCAGGUGAACAUUGGAAGUAUUUGCCAUUACCACACUUCUGUUCUUCAAUGCCUGGGUGGAGUGUUUGGGAUCAGGAAAUAUGCCUAAAAACUAGGUUUAAUUGUCUCACUUCAUUAAAGAUGUCUGUAAUAGUGUUAAUAGUUAUGGCAUUGAGGCAAACAUGCAUGCCACAGCAUCAAGUAGACUACAGAGUCAUGCUUCUACUUCAGGGUUACAGAAGUGGACCUAUAGAUCUAGUUUUGUACUCCACAACAAAAUGGCUACCAAGGACUUGUAGUCAGGACCUUUUUGGUGGCUGUAGGCUGCCUUAGGAGAGCACAAGCCUUACUUCAAUAUCUUCAUGCCCUUUCUAGGAACUAUUAAUUAAUUCCUUUCCAUUCAAUCAGAAUGCUAUAUGCAUUUUCCAUACUUAUAUUGGGCAAAAACACAUACUUAACUGCCUCUUGGAGGUCACCAAAUAAAUAGACUUGAGUUCUUGCUAUUGCCAACAAGUGGAAUUGUAGGAAAAAACAGAUCUGCCCUGUGGAUAUUGGUAUCUUGCACUGGUAAUUAAACAUAGUCCACAGGGUCCCAUAUUGUCAAUUCAGACACAGGAAACAGGCCACAAUCAAUUGUGCCCCUAGCCUAUUAUGGCAUGCCAAAAGUUAUAGGUUUGAACCUUUCUUCCCCCAGAAUAUUUCAUGACUUCUUUAAUUGCUGUCUCUGGCAAUAACAAUUAUUCCAUUUAAAUUAAACCACAAUUGUCUUCUCUUUAUCUCUUUAAUAUAUAAUUUGCUACAAUUAUAUUAGUAUCUCACAUUAGAGUUCUUAAAAUUGUACAUCUUUUUUCUGGGUAUUCCAUUAGUGCCUCCAAAUAAUUGACUUUGUUCUGGCUAUAUACUUGAAGGCUAUCUUCCUUGAUGUCAAUUAGCUUCUGAUUUUUAUAUGACAGAGCUUUUUCUAGGUUCAUAAAAUCAAAUGUUUUCAGAUUUCACUGAGCCAUUUAAAAAAGUUAUUUUCAGUAGCUCUUUAGCAGCUUAUGAAGCAGACAGAGCACCUGCUGCAGGGGUAUCAUGACAGUUAAUAUUUAUUUGUCUUUAAUAAUGAACUUGUGUAUAUGAAAUAUUAAUUGAAAACUAUAAAUUUGAGAUUAUAAAUGAUCAGAAAUGGAUAAUCCUCUCAUUUUUAUUUUCCAGACAAAAGUAGAACCUAAUCAAACAUGUGCCAGAAAAUAUUCAUUCUCUAUUCUGAUCUUACAUCAAUGUUUUGCUUUUGUAAAUUAUUAUAUAUUUGUUAAAGUGUUAUUUCUUUGUACAUUCAUAAGCUGUCUUAUAAAGGCUUAAAAUGAUUGACGAAGCUAUGCACUUCUGUCCUUCAUGAUCUUGGUUUUCACAAGGUUCAACUUUCUUGGAGAGAAAGGAGAAACAUUUUGAGUUUGUGUUCCUGUCAUAGAGCUGGGAACACAAAUGGAGAACUUAUGCAACUGGAUGAAAUACGUUUGCAAAUUCUGUUGAUUUUCAUUCUGAACUUCAGAGUUGGAACUCCAAAUUCAUUAAAAUAUGAACUCAGUGCAGCUAAAAAAAAAUGUGUAAAUCAGGAAUCCUCUCAAAUUGUAAGUAUUCCUAAAGCUUAAACACAUUGCAUUCAAAUGCAAUGGGGCACAUACUGUAUUGAGCAUUUAGUGCAAUGAUGCUGUAGUUCGGUCACUAAGAAACAUAGUUCUUUCCUAUCACAAUUUUUGACCCAGUUUCCAAAGGCAGAUCCAGCCUUAAGUAAUAAUUCUCAGUCCCCAAUACUGCUGAGACAGCAAAAACAUUAAUAUUUUUAAAGUCUGAGGCUUCACUGUUGCCAUAGGUUUGAUCAAACUAUAACUUAUACACAUAAAAUGGUAGAAAGUUAUCUGUGGAAUGAGAGUGUGUUAAAAUUUUACGUUAAACACCCUCAUUAGACUUAAAAUAUUGUAACUUUUUCUCUUUCCACAUGUCCCACAUGACAAGUUGAGAGUUUCUAGCAUUUUCCAUUUUUAUUUUACAGAUGACCAGUAUCUGCCUUUUUUGUUUUUCUUUAGUUUUCAGAAAUGAGAUUUGCUUCUCAGGUCUGGUAGCAUUACAUUAGAGAGACACUAGGGUGUUGAGGUUGGGGCCCCAUAGGUCUUGGCAGUGCUCAUUGACAGAGGCACAACUAGAGCAGCAGAGACAUUCUACUUCCCCAAAUGCAUCUUUAGGUCACCUAUUUCUGUUGUUUAUUUCAGCAACAAAUAAAUGUAAGUUCUUGCAGAAUUAUCUAUCUAAUAGGAAUGCAUUCUUUUAUCCUUUUAAGAUUUAAAAGGCAAGUUAAACAUGAAAAGCGAGCAGACUUCAAUUGCGUUUAAAUCAAGAGCUGUAGAUAAUUUUUUUUGUGUAUUCAAACAGACCUGGAGGAAUUUAGCAAAAAAGUGAACAGAAUACUGUAAUCACUAGACUCAAUAGUCCAUUUCACCUGAGUUAGGCAGUGGGAGUCCAAUGCUUCUUCUCUGUCUUGCUUUACGGCAGUUGGCACCCAGCUUAAUGGUGCAUUACCACCACAUUACCCUCCAAUGCUGCUACUGUAGUCUUGAAAGUACAAUCAGUAAACAGUGGGGGAGCAGAACUGUUGGCAAUUCUUUAAACAGAAGACUGUCAUUCAAUGCUGUACCCUAUCAUUCAUAGGCGUAUAUUAUCCCUGUAUUACCACACACAAACACAAUGCAUAAUAAAAGGGUGGCAUUGAAUUAAGUGGGGACUAGCGAAAGGAAACUGAAAACUGAGGUGUGAAUGACAGAAUGUGUAAAUUUAAGCUAAGAUAUUGCCUGUCACCUCUGAGCGCCAUUUAUUUGUCAUAUUCUCCAGCUUGGAUUUAGCCUUAUGUUUUGAAAUGGACUUCCAUUUUUGUGAACUCUCAUUUCAUUCUAUGACUAAAUAUCAUAUAUUACACGACCUAAUAGUUUUUCAAAUGUACCGAUGACACAUGUGAAUCUACCAAGGGGUUUUCUAACCACAGUUUCACUGUGAUGUAAAUAUUGCUUCUGAUCUGCCUGUAGGACUAGACAAAAUCUGAAUUGUAACCUCGAUAUUACUUUUUAAAUAAAUCAAGUGUCAACAAAAGAUCCUGUAUAAACCAAGCUCGUAUAUGACACAAGUAUUUCUGCACCUUAGUGUUUUGUUACUUUUAUUUGUAAACUGUUAAUGUCUUUGUGUAUUAGUCGAACAAGACUAAAUUUGUAUAUUAAAGCAAAACAAAUUGUAGAAAAAAAUCAAAUGAUUUGCAUUUUGUUCCUCCACUAAUCAUUAUAACUUGUGUCUCCCUGUUGAAAUAGCAUACUAAAGAAACUCAAUUUCUACGUUACCACAACAGGCUAUUUUAUGAUACAGAAUCCUGGAUAGGUGCACCCAUCAUAUUCUUGAAGUGUUAUUUUUAUUCACAAAUCAUUUAAAAUUGAAAGCUUUCAUGAAGAUUCCAUUUAAUAUGUUAGUUUCUGCUUUUUUGAGAAUUUUAGAAUUUUAAUUCAGAUUUUUGGGUUCUUUACCUGGUUCCAGUAUAACAAUGAUUUGCAUGAACAGAUUGAAACUAAUCAGCAAAAUCACUGAUUUAUUUAACAGGCCUCAUUGUACCAUCUCUUUUAUUUUAGUUUUCUCUCAAAUCUAUCAUUAUUUUCAAUGUCUGGCACAUUGUCCAUGCUGAUGGAAUAUCCCAGUGAUUAAUAAUUGCUUUCUACACACACGUCAGAAAACACAUACAGUACAAAUAUGACACAGUAUCAAAAAGCAGCAUCCCAUCGAAAAAUUAACUAUAUAUCAAGAAUCUGAGACCCAUGAGCAGUAAUACUGAAUAUUGUCAACAUUGAAUUAACAAUGUACUGAUAAAAGAGAAGUCUUCAAAAAGUUACACUGAUAAACAUUAUUUUUUAUUUUAUUGGCUAGGCCCUGGAGCUGCACUGCCCAGCAAUUAUCCCUAGCCUAAUCACAGGACAAUUUACAAUGGCUAAUUAACUUACCAACCGAUACGUCUUUGGACUGUUGGAGGGAACCAGUACACCCAGAGGAAACCUGUGCAGUCAUGGGAAGAAUAUACAAACUCCUUCCAGCCAGUGGUGGGAAUUGAACCCAGGUCACUGGUACUGUAAAGUAUUGUGCUAAUUACUAUGCUACAGUGCUGCCCCAAUGGAUCUGAGACUAUUAAAGUCAUUCAUUACCCUUUACUUCCAAUAGCCAAGGUACUCUAAGAAUUAAAUGUUAAAUGUACCGAUAUAUUUACUGUCAAACAGCAGGUGUAUAUUUAUUGAUUAUUUAGGUAACUGGAAGGAAUAUGUGUCUGCACAGAUUAUAAGUCUUCUUGAUCCAUAAUAA